AGUGCCACACUGACUGCUAGCAGAAAAAACAGCUAAGAUAGCCAACUGUUAGCCAAAGAUAGCAGCCGUUUGCACUCAAAACACACGUUGAAAUGUUUCGGAGAAAACUGACAGCUCUAGAUUAUCACAACCCCGAUGGAUUUGACUGCAAAGAUGAGACACAGUUCAGGAACUGCAUCGUGUGGCUGGAGGACCAGAAGAUUCGGCACUACAAGAUAGAGGACAGGGGAGACCUGAGGAACAUCCCCAGCUCAGAGUGGCCCAAAGCCUACCAGAAGUACCUGCAGGAUGUCAACUGUCCAUUCGGGGUCCAGGAGAAGCAGGAAGCUGUCGACUGGUUACUGGGCCUGGCUGUUCGCUACGAAUAUGGAGACAAUGUGGAUAAGUAUAAGAUCUGUCAGCCGCUGGCGGCCUCCAGUAAUAGUGACAAAGCAAUUGAUCCUCUGGUCAACCUUGACAGUAGUUCACCAGAUUUCAAAGCAGGAGUGACGGCUCUGUCCAACAUCCUCAAAAUACAGAGGCAUGACGACUACCUGGUUAUGCUCAAGGCCAUUCGUAUUCUGAUCCAGGAGAGACUCUCUCCUGAAGCCAUCACUAAAGCCAGCCAAAACAGAGAGGGUAUUCCAGUAGCUCUAGACAAACACAUCUUGGGUUUCGACACUGGAGACGCGACUCUGAACGAAGCGGCUCAGAUCCUGCGCCUGCUGCACAUCGAGGAGCUGAGGGAGCUGCAGACCAAGAUCAACGAGGCCAUCGUAGCCGUUCAGGCCAUCAUAGCCGACCCCAAGACAGACCACAGGCUGGGCAAGGUCGGCAGAUGAGAGCGAGGAUGAAGAACGAGGAAGGGCGGGACUGAAGGAGGAGUUUUAAUUUGAUUUUGAACAGAAAAGCCCUUUUUUUUUUUUUGAGGUGGACAGAAAUGAGUUUGUGUUUUCCGUUGUUGUGUGACAUCACAGAUCAGAUUGGGAAUUUGAAGCGAAUGCUUUUCAGACGCUGUCUUUCGUUUUUGUACAGAAACAAGUUUACACCAAAACACACAAUGCAGUAAUUGCUGCACAGUUAGCAUUGAUAUACUCAUACCUAGUAAUAUGUCGAGUCAUUCAUUUCUUCAGAGACUGAGGUCGAACCUUCUGAUCAUCUCCUGGCUGCCAUAAUCUCUCCCUCAGUAGAAACCUCAGAGAAGCUUCUGAAAGAUUCAAACUGACACGUUUUAUUUGUAUCUUUUGUUUCCAGAGAAGAAGAAAACGGUUAUUUUGAAAUGAUUUACACUGACGCUGUGUGGAAAAAUCUAUAAAUACAGCUGAACAGA